ACAAUUGGGCAUCCACAACAAGGCCCCCGGUGGUGCAGCUGGCCUGGGAGGUUGGAGCCGACAACUGCAGUCGAGCUAAGUUGAACUCCUCUACUUACGCAUGUCGAGAUGAGAAGAGUGUUUGUGUUGAUCUCGAUAACGGCGGCUACCUAUGCAGUUGCGUCCAAGGAUACGAGGGCAAUCCUUACCUACUUCAAGGAUGCCAAACAAUUUCCUUUUCAAGUUCAAUUGCAAAAUUUGGAUGUCCUGAUCAAUGUGGGAAGUUAGCAAUUCCAUUUCCAUUUGGAGUUGGCCGGAAUUGCUACUUGUCGCCGUCUUUCGAAAUCCGUUGCAAUACCUCCACCAACCCUCCAACAGCCUACCUCGCCAUUCUCGACAAGGAAAUCUUCGCCAUCAAUUCGUCUACACUUUUAAUCAAGUAUCCAAACCUAGCUUGGAGUUGCUACAAUCAAACUGGAAUCACAGAGAAACAAAUCAUGAUUAUUGAUUUGUCGAGAACUCAAUAUACAUUAUCAGAAGAGAACUGGAUCGCUGCCAUUGGCUGCGAUCACAUGGUUGUCGCGGUUAUAGGAAAAGACAAACCAACUUCUACUCGCAGCACCUGCGCAACCAUCUGCUCCAACGAUCCAUUCAGCACCGCAAGCUGUCCGUUUUCAGUAAGCACGUAUUGGCCAGGGGAUGGCUGUUGUAGGGCCCCCAUUGCAAGGGGAACCACUUACCUUGAAGCAGAGUUGAGGGACUUGAGUGGACGUCGGCCAACUACAAAUUUCUCUUGCGGCUAUGCCUUGGUCGAAUACAAUGAGGAUGCUGGUGUUUCGUAUCGCUUCUUGGAUAACUCGACAGGAGCUGAUGAUCUCUUACUGUCAUACGGGAAGCUGAAGAAGGUGGCGUUGGAUUGGCGGAUUGGUGAUUUGAAUUGCAAGCAAGCGCGAUUGAAUCUAACUGAUUAUGUGUGUCAGAAUAACGCCGAAUGCAUUGAUUUUCAUGACACAGUUGGAGGCUAUCUCUGCAAUUGUUCCAUUGGAUACCGAGGCAAUCCUUACCUUAGCCCAGGCUGCCAAGAAAUUAAUCAAUGCGCCGAUAAUACAACAAACACAUGCCUCGCAAAUUCGAUUUGCGUUAAAACCCCUGGUUCUUAUAAUUGCUCAUGUCCCAAAGGGUAUAUUGGUGAUGGGAGGAAAGAUGGCGCAGGGUGUAUUAAGCUUCCACCAUCCAAGACCAAGAUGAUAAGUUUAAUAGGUGUGGGUUCUGGAUUGGGGUUUCUGCUUUUGCUUAUAGCAUGUUUUUGGUUGUUCAAAGCGUUGCAAAAGAGAAAGGAAAAAAUGGUUAAAGAGAAAUUCUUCAAACGAAAUGGUGGCCUUCUUUUGCAACAACAAACGAAUGAAGGUGUAUUAGGAAAAACAAAAGUUUUCUCUGCAAAAGAGUUGGAGGUAGCUACAGAUAACUUCAAUGAAAAUCGUAUUCUUGGGCAAGGAGGCCAAGGCACGGUCUACAAAGGAAUGUUAUACAAUGGCAAAAUUGUGGCCAUAAAGAAAUCAAAGUUGGUCGAGGAGAAUCAACUAGAACAGUUUAUUAAUGAAGUGGCGAUAUUAUCACAAAUCAAUCACAGAAAUGUCGUCAGAUUGUUGGGGUGUUGUUUGGAGACUGAGGUUCCUUUGCUUGUCUAUGAAUUCAUGCCAAAUGGGACUCUUUUUGAUCUUAUUCACGAUCCCAGUAAUGAAUUUCCAUUUACAUGGAUCAUGCGUUUGAAAAUCGCGGCAGAUAUAGCGGGGGCGCUAGCAUACUUACACUAUGCAUCUUCUGUGCCUAUCUAUCACAGAGACAUCAAGUCUAGUAAUAUCCUUCUGGACGAGAAAUAUGUUGUCAAAGUAUCGGAUUUUGGAACUUCGAGAUCAAUUGCAACAGAUCAGACUCACUUAACUACUUUAGUCAAAGGGACAUUUGGAUAUUUAGAUCCCGAGUAUUUCCAAUCGAGUCAGUUCACAGAAAAGAGUGAUGUUUAUAGUUUUGGAGUAGUUCUCGUCGAACUGCUCACAGGACAAAGGGCGAUAUCAUUUGACAAAACGGAUAAUGAUAGAAGCCUAGCAACACGAUUUCUUACUUGCAUGGAGGAGAACUGCCUAGACACAAUUUUAGAUCCUCUAAUUUUGGAGCAGGGUAUAAAGGAAGAGAUGAUUCUAGUUGCGAGUCUUGCGCAAAGAAGUUUGAAUUUGAAGGGGAAAAUGAGACCAACUAUGAAAGAAGUGGCUAACGAAUUGGAAAGUUUUAGGAUGUCUCAAAAUAUUGUCAAAGAUGAAUUUGAAGAAGUGAAAGUUUUUGAAGGUAGACCUAUGAUGAUUUCAGACACUGAAUACUCUUGGGAAACUAGCUACAAAAGUCCCCCGGAUCGUCUUCAGACAUACAUCCCUUAAUGUUCACAACUGAGUGAAAUUCUAUGGUAUUUAGUUUUAAAAUUAUAGUGUUUCAAGGGAGAUCAUUUAAUAGUGCAGAGGUGAGUAUUCAAACUUAUUAAGAUCUCAACUUCGUGUAUCUGUUACUGAUACUGUAUUUCAU